AUGGGUCUGUCCCAACCCGCGGAAUCCUCCAGUGGUUUGCAAGCAUUCAUCGAUGGAAAACAGACCAAGCAGACUACUCAGGUUCUGACGGCCACCAAUGCCAGACAAACCCCAAAUGGAUGGGUCUGUCCCAACCCACGGAGUCCUCCAGCAGUUUGCAAGCAUUCAUUGACGGCAAACAGACCAAGCAGACUACUCAAGUUCCGACGGCCAUCAAUGUCAGACAAACCCCUAAUGGAUGGGUCUGUCCCAACCCACAGAGUCCUCCAGCAGUUUGCAAGCAUUCAUCGACGGAAAACAGACCAAGCAGACUACUCAGGUUCUGACUGUCAUCAAUGUCCUCCAAUUAAUCAUCCAGGCAUGCAAUUUGAGAUAUCCAAACAAUACACGCGCAUUCUUUACCAAGGACGCCAGCAUACAGACCUUGGGUGGAGACUUAGAAUUGUGGCAUGGAUACUUUUCAACGCUAACAUGUCUAACAAACCCCAAGCGGACGGGUCUGCCCCAACACACUUAAUGUCUCUUGACAUCAACCGCACUCGCGCCAACAAUACUGCUUUUGGCGGAUGA